AUGCCCCUUCUACGACGCGCCACAGCUGGUUUGAGAAAGGCGCAUGUACGCCAUGCCUCCAGCAAGGCCUCUGUCACUAUCGGCUUACGCCAGGAAGACCCGGAACGCGUCUGGGAACGGCGUUCGCCUCUUACGCCGGACGCGGUAGCCGACCUCAUUGCCAAGGACGGCGUGCGAGUACUCGUUCAGGAAUGUGACAAGCGUGUCUUUCCGCUUGACGACUAUGUUCAUGCUGGCGCUGAAGUACAUCCGACUCUCGAGCCUGCACAUCUCAUUAUGGGCAUCAAGGAGACGCCAUUAAAUUCGCUCAUCACUUCACCCGUACCGUCGCCUGUCGCUAGUGGCUUGGUUCCGCGAACGCACCUCAUGUUCUCGCAUACGAUCAAGGGUCAAGAGUACAAUAUGCCGCUUCUCUCACGUUUCUUGGCCGACGGCGACGCAUUCCACGCUGGAGCCAAAUCCGAACCUGGGCUGGAGGCACGCCUGAUUGACUACGAACUAUUGACUGACGAAAGCGGAAAGAGGACUGUCAUGUUUGGCUUUUACGCUGGAGUCGCUGGGGCGCUCGAGUCGUUGUCGGCUAUGGCCCAUAAGCAUCUGGAGCAUGGCGUCGCCUCCGCAUUCUUGUAUACACCUCGCCCGCAUGCAUCUCCGUCACUGGACACGCAUCGGUCUCAACUUCGGUACAUCGCAUCGCAGAUAGCCGAGCACGGCACGCCGAAAAGCCUGGGACCGUGUAUCAUUGGCGUGACCGGCCGUGGAAACGUGACGGAAGGUGUGAUGUCCAUAUUGGAGGAACUGCCGCUGCAGCAUGUUACAGCCGAUGACCUCCCCAAUCUCGUCAGUAACCCAGAAACCGAUCUUCGCAAGAUAUAUCUUCUCCAUGCUCUCCCACCAUCGUAUAUCACGCAUUCGAAUGGAGCUGCGUAUCAGCGUGAGGACUACUACGCCAAUCCACAAGCGUAUCAGUCACACUUCCACACCAAGAUCGCACCCUAUCUGACUCUUCUCAUCAAUGGCGCAGGUUGGGCUCCCGGAUUUCCGCGCCUACUCACCAACGAGCAAUUACCAUUGGCAAGACGCCUCGCAGCCAUCGGCGACAUCUCAUGUGACAUUGGAGGAGGUCUGGAGUUCGUCACCAAGGCUAGCACGCUCUCAUCCCCGACCUUCGACGUUGGUGGUGUAUCCAUCAUGUCGGUGGAUAUUCUUCCUGCCAGUCUCCCUGCAGACGCUAGUGCUGCCUUUACUGGAAAGGUUCUUCGAUACGUCCGCACACUGGUGGGCGAAUACCGUGGCCAGGAGGCCACAGAUGUCGAGGCGGCUCGUGCUCUUGAUCGGGCGACAGUCGCCAGAGGUGGCCAUCUGAGCGAAGGGUUCACCUGGCUGCAGGAGAAGGUCGACACCUGGAGGACCUCAGCCCGCUCUCAAGGCGCGGGGGCCACAAUCCACAAACCACGCGUCCUGGUACUUGGUAGCGGCAUGGUGGCUGGACCCUGCGUUGAUGACCUCGCAGGACCGGGAGACUUGGACGUCGUUGUCGCCAGUAACAUCCUUGCUGAGGCGGAGUCACUUGUAGCGCAUCAUGGAAACCAUGCCCAGGCCGUGUCGGUCGACAUGAAUAAUGCAUCUGAGGUCGACCGUCUUGUGUCGCAGGCUGACGUCGUUAUCAGUCUUCUUCCGGCGCCAUUCCAUCCUACAGUGGCCGAGCUCUGUUUGACGCAUCACAAACAUCUUGUGACGGCAUCGUACAUCUCUCCCGCCAUGCAUGCCCUCCAUACUCGUGCAACUGACGGCGACGUCUUGCUACUGAACGAGAUCGGUCUAGACCCAGGAAUCGACCACUGCUCAGCUCAUGCAAUGCUUGAGCGCAUCCGAGGCUCAGGCGGCUCAGUACGAAGCUUCGUCUCGUUCUGCGGUGGCCUUCCUGCUCCUGAUGCCGCGGAGGGCGUCCCUCUGGGCUACAAGUUCAGCUGGAGUCCUCGUGGUGUCUUGCGUGCCGCAAAUGAGAACGCUCACUUCUUGCUCGAUGGCAAGGAGAUCAGCAUUCCCGGCGAGAAAAUCUUGGCGCACCACUUCACCGACGUACCAGUCUCCGAUGUUCUUCGCCUCGAAGGUCUUGCGAACCGGGACAGCAUGCCGUAUGUCAAGACCUACCAGCUGCCCAGUCCACAAGAUGGCCUGCAUACGAUGUUACGCGGCACGCUGCGCUACCCCGGGUUCGCGCAGCUCAUGCAGUCUUUCAAAGAUGCUGGCUUCCUUGAGUCUAUCGACACGAUAGCUGUUGAAAAUUGGUCAAGCUUCACUCAUGCAGCACUGUCUCUCAAGACUGGGGUCCCGAUACCGUCAGAUGAACGUUCAUUGCUGGCGGCUCUGAGUGAGCGGCUGGGCGCGGAGCGCGCAGAAGUAGCCUGGGAUGCUCUCCAAAAACUGGGCCUCGUUCCAUCAUCUACAUCGCCGAUGGCAAGUGCUGUGGAUGCCCCAAAGCCGCCUCGCUCGCCACUUCCACCUGUGGACCUCCUCGCGGCGUACCUUGCGCAUACUCUACGCUACGGUCCUGGCGAGCGCGACCUCGUCGUUCUUGCACACGAGGUUCUGGCCGCGAGCCCCAGCGGCGACAGUCUCGAGGUGCAUACAUCUCGUUUGACGGUGUAUGGCGAUGAGAAGGCGACUGCGAUGGCUCGCACCGUCGGAUUGCCGGUGGCGUUUGCCACUCGCGCCGUGCUCAGCGGCGCCGUUCGUACCCGCGGCGUUGCCGGUCCCACGGCAGAUAACGCGGUCUGGAAAGGUGUCCUUGAGGGUCUGGAGAGAGUAGGGUUGGGAAUGCGCGAGGAUGUUCGUCGUGUUCCGACGACCUCAACCGGUAUUGUGGGCACGCUUGCGCUGGGCUUGCAAUCCACGCGUGGGGAAUAA